AUGGGCGUCACACUGUCCACCGCGCGCUAUAUUGCGCCUAUUUCGUUUGUCAUCGACUUUGCCGCUCAGCAAUAUGGAAUGCUUAGCACGCCGAACAUGAAGGACGUUCAUGACGCCAACCUCUCCUUCUGGUCUCCCCAGCCAUUCUUCAUCGCAGGAUUCUUCUUCCCACAACAGCUGUUUCAGCUUGCCUGGAUUUGGCGCCUGUGGCGAUCUAAUGACCAGUCUGCACUUGAGGAUGAGGCAGUGAACACAAUGGUCGACUUCAGCCCGUUCUACACUGUGGGGAAUCUCUGCAUCGCAAGCUGGAUGGUCUUCUGGAACGCCUCGGACCUCAAGACUAGCAACAUAUUCGUGGUCAUCAAUUCCCUCGCCCAGCUGUACUACAUCUUUGGUCGUCUCCCGCCGAUGAAUUCGAACUCCACAAACUCGAUUUUGACACACAUUGUGAGCAAGACUUUCGCCGGAAUCGGUGUUCUGGACUUGUUGCACAACGGAUCUGUUGCGUACUUCGUCCACCAACAGCCCUCAACUGCUGUCAAAGUCCUGACCGGAUUGGGAUUCGCGGGUCUCGCGUCUUGCAGUGACUGGAUUUUCGGAGGAUGCCUUGUGUAUGAUCUCGUGGCUCUGUCAGUUGGGCAGCGGGCUUACGGCAACGAGAGCUGGAGCAAUAUGCUGGGACUGUUCGCUGCAGGAACAGCCACUCUUGUUGUUGCCAAGAACCUUUUGAGGCCACCGUACAUCCGCUCACCUAAAUCUGACUAUAGUGCUCUAUGA